CCUCCGACGCGUAUUGUCCCCUCCAUCUCAUCCAUCACCAUGAAGCGCGGGGCAGAGCGGCAGCUUACACGAGACGAUGCCGAUAGGGACGAAGACGACAGGGAUGAGGGCGAUAAACCUGAGCGAGGCUUGCAGAAGGCGGACGCGACCGCAUUGGUGGGCAGGCCGAUGAGAGGCCUUCCGAAAGGCGGUCGAUGGCUCCCGCCACUGGUGCUUCAGCACCGGCUCCCGCUGCGCCAGCGCCCUCUGCAUCAACAGAGGCUGCAGCAAGAUUCCCCGGUUUUGUCGGUUUCGGCUCCGUACCCGCGUUUGGCGCCACACUACAUCCUCAGAAACCGCGCCACCGAAGCUCGGAGGCUUCUCAGGGUUCGAGGUGAAGACAUCAAAUCCAUUCUCCAUGGAUGCGACCAUCACGCCUCCAACACCUGCCGCCGUCUCAUCCUCCGAAUCUUCAUUUCCGUUUGGAUCGUCAACUUCACAACGACUUCUGCGGCCUCAAGCAGCAACCGACCGGCUGUGGCUUCAUCAGCUUCACAAGCCACGAAAAGCUUCGCGUCGUUCCUCGGGUCGGGUGGCAUGAACGGCACUGCGUCUGGAAAGACGGAGAAGGCCGACAGUGACGAUGACAGACGACUCAAGGAAGAGGUGGAAUAUCUUUCAAACAUCCGCGGCUUGAACAUGUCACUGCUCUCGACCGUCAAAUCGACCAUUGAGAGCGAUCCCUUCGCGGACGUGGGCAGCAUUCUCGAGGCGUACAAGAGCCUGCGACUAGAAGAGAAGAUGAAAUUUGAUGAAAAGAUUGGAGGACUCAAAGGGAGCACUGACAAGGUGGCAGGGAACAAGAGCAGUACGAUCACGAACGCAUUCGCACCACCCCCUUCAAUGCCGAAACCUUCAGGUAGCUUCACCAACUUCGGUCAGUCGAAAUCUGCUGGUAAGAGCAGCGAAGACGAAGGAAAGAAUGGGUCGGCUUCCGUGUCUUCAGCGCCUGGGUCUUCUGUCUUUGAAUUUGGCAAGUCCAGCUCAUCCUCCUCGGCACCCUCUGCUCCAGCAUUUUCAUCACAACCUUUCGUAUUCGGAGGAGGAGCACCAGCACCGAGCUCGUCCGCCUCUUCCAAAGGUGCAGGGUUCUCUGCGCUCGGGAAAGGGAGACCAUCGGAGGACAAGUCUGGAGACGCGCCUGCUUCAAAUGCUUCGUCAUUCUCCUUCGCGUCCACCACGUCCGCCAACCCCUUCGGAAAGCCUGCCGACAAGGGAGACACGGACAAGGAAGAGAACAAGAGCGCUUUCGCAUCAUCAAUCAGCGGUAGCUCUUCCUCGGGCGGCCUGUUCGGUGGCCCGACCCCCUCAAGCUCUGGCUCAACCCUCUUCGGUGGGUCAUCCGCACCGACCGCAUUUUCUACCCCGACUUCCUUUACCACCCCGGAGAAGCCGACAUCCUCCGGCUUCUCGUUCGGUGCAACGUCACCCAACUUCACCGUCGGUGCGUCGUCGUCGCCGUCGAAAGGCUCGAGCUUCGGUGCUUUCGGCAAGUCUGCUGCGCUGGGCAGCAUAGGCAACCCCGUUGGUUUUGGCUUCGGCAGCCCGCCGAAGGAGUCUGAGGACAGCGCGUCGUCUUCGAGUUCUAUCGCUCCCAAGCCAUUUGUGUUCGGCCCGCCGAAAGACAAGUCCGCUGAGGAGAGCAAGGCAGAUGGUGCGGCUGGAAGCGAGAGCAAGGACCAGGGAGCAGCUGGGGACGAGCCGCCACCUACGCUCAUCACAGGCUCCAUCCAUGACAAGGAAGGGGAAGGUGAGGAGGACGAGACGACGACGCAUGAGAUCAAGAGCAAGGUUUAUAAGAUGGUGAAGGACGAGGAUGGGUUGAACAGAUGGGCCGACCAGGGUGUCGGCAUGCUACGGCUGAAGAAGCACAAGGAGACUGACGCGCGACGCAUGCUGCUGAGGAAUAGCAGCACAGGGAAGGUCGUCGUUAACUUCCGUAUCUACUCUGGCAUGAAUGCAAAAGCGGACAAGAACGUCGUCUCUUUCGUCGGCCACGAGAGCGGCGCACAAGCCACCUACAGGAUACGAACAAAAACGGAAGAACAAGCAAAUGACCUCAAGUCCGCGCUCGACCGCGAGAUCGAGUUCGUUCGCGCAAAAUCCCCAUCAUUAUGAACGCGACCCUGCUUGCAUCACUGUGAUUCGUGUUGAUUCUACCGUACUGUAUGUAGUACACCGUGAUAUGCACAUGCACCGCAACAUGGACCUCCCUCAUAGUCAGUAUGGAUUGUGCGUAUACUAAUAAAUAUCAUGCUCUGCCUCCUGCCAACAGCGUACAGCCUCCUUUGAUUGGUAUC